ACCAGCAAUCCAGACAGCGCGGUCGGGUUUAGGGGCAGCUGGCGGGAGGAUUCGGUAACUCCCUGAACUUGAGGCGCCGCGGAGUGUGGGCGCAGGGAAGAGCGAGUCAAACCUUGCGGACUGUGCAGUGGGUCGGCGGCCAGACAGCUAUAAGAAGCGGUAGAAAGAGCACGUGACUGCCUCCACUGUGCGCCAUGGCACUGCCGUUUCGGAAAGACUUGGGGGAGUACAAGGACCUAGAUGAGGACGAGCUCCUUGGCAAGCUGUCAGAGUCAGAGCUGAAACAGCUCGAGACUGUCCUGGAUGAUCUUGACCCCGAGAAUGCCCUUCUGCCUGCAGGGUUCCGGCAGAAGAACCAGACAUCAAAGUCUGCCACAGGACCCUUUGAUAGGGAACGGCUCCUUUCUUACCUAGAGAAGGAAGCAUUGGAACAUAAAGAUCGGGAAGACUAUGUGCCCUACACUGGAGAGAAGAAAGGGAAAAUUUUUAUCCCUAAACAGAAGCCAGUGCAGACUUUUAGAGAAGAAACUAUAUCCCUUGAUCCAGAGUUAGAAGAAGCCUUGACAAGUGCUUCAGACACGGAACUGUGUGACCUUGCAGCUAUCCUUGGGAUGCACAGUCUGAUGGCGGACACGCAGUACUGUGACGUGCUGGGAAGCAGCAAUGGCAUCAGCCAAGAGCAUCUUCCAAAUGUGGUUAAAGGGGAAAAGAUUCUUCCAGUGUUCGAUGAGCCACCAAAUCCAACCAACGUUGAAGAGAGUUUAAAGAGAAUUAGGGAAAAUGAUGCCCGUCUUGUUGAAGUUAAUUUGAAUAAUAUAAAAAAUAUCCCAAUUCCAACUCUAAAAGAUUUUGCGAAGUCUUUGGAAGCCAACACACAUGUGAAACAUUUCAGUCUUGCAGCUACCAGGAGCAAUGACCCCGUGGCUGUGGCUUUUGCAGAUAUGCUGAAAGUGAACAAAACUUUGAAGAGUUUAAAUGUGGAGUCCAACUUCAUCACAGGCACUGGGGUUUUAGCACUGGUUGAUGCUCUGAGAGAUAACGAGACCCUGACAGAGCUCAAGAUUGACAAUCAGAGACAGCAAUUGGGCACCUCUGUAGAAUUAGAAAUAGCCAAGAUGCUUGAGGAAAAUACGAAUAUCCUAAAAUUCGGAUAUCAGUUCACACAGCAGGGACCCCGAACCAGGGCAGCCAAUGCUAUAACAAAGAACAAUGACUUAGUGCGCAAGAGGCGAGUUGAAGGAGACCACCAGUAAGCAUGCUGAGGGGAACCUUUAGAAGACUGCAGAUCACCAAAGGCUCAUGUUUAUGGCAGCAGAUGUAAAAAUUUCCUGGGUAGAAGGGAAAGACUGGAAAUCUUUUUUUAACUAUAUGCAUUAUUUUCCUAGCUUAAGGUAUUAUAUUUGAUUUGUAAAAUCAGUAAUAGGUGGUAUUUUGUUUUUGUAGCAUUUCUACUGAAACCAGUUUAAUUUAGCUUAAUCGAAUGGUUUAUGAUGAUUUUUAGGUAAAAAUGCAGUUGUAGCAAGUUUCAGAAGUCGUUUAUGUAAGAAUAAUUUGAAUGAACAUCUUGAGGACCAAUCUUUUUUUAAAUCAGAAGGGACGGUGCUGACUCAGUACCAAUGUUGUUCCUUAUACAUUAAGGAGAAGGCACUUGGUGCUUUCCUCUUUAAAAAUCCAUGGAUUAGGCAAAAGUUUGCUUUUUCCUUAUUAGGGAAAUAAAAUGUCAGAAUUUUAAAAAAUAGCUCAGAAUCCAUUAUAUCUACAUAAGCUAAAGCAGGCCUCCCGGAGACAGAACAGCUGUCUGUUACAGGUUUCUGUACACAUCUGAUGGGUCUCAGCCACACGGGGUUGGUUGUGUAUGUCUGUUUGUCUCCAGUACUCCUUAGUUCUGCCCCACUGCAUACCUUGUUAAAAGUGUAGUUAUAAGUACUUCUCCUUACUGUGGGCAUUACAUUUUUGUAAAAGCUAAUGGUUAAAAAGUAUCCGAGUAGAGAGGUUAUUUUCCCCAUAAAAGGCUCUUGGCCAGUACUCAGUUAUUCAGAGUAAAAGAGAAAAAAGAAAGGUGCAGUUAGAUGUAGGAGAGAGGUCGAGUCUGAGAAACUCGCAAAAUGGCCAUUACGCUGAUGAGCAGUGUGAGUCGUGAGCUAGCUAUGGUGGCCCACUCCUACAGUCCUAGCACUUGGGAAGCUGAGAAGGGAAUGCUGCCAGAUGUUCAAAGCCAGCCUGAACUACAUAGGAACGUCCAGGUUAGCCUGGGCUACAUAUGUGAGAACCUAUGUCAGGAAAAGGAAAGAACAAACCUGUUGUCUGGUAAGAAUUCCUAUAUGUGAUCCCACAGGUGCAAUGCAGCAUUGCCUGAACAUAGUCAAUCCCUGCUCCAGUGUUCCAGCCAGUCACAAAGACUGCUGUUCUUUAGAAAUCCAACUUUAGUAGAUGUUUCCUUUCAUCUUGUACUUUUUAAGUCCAUAUAAUAAAAAAUAAUUUCUGUAACAUAGGUUAUCUUUAUUGCCCAAGCGGUAGAGUGAAGACUUGAGCUGUGUGCAGUGGGGGCUGGGUGGGGCUGCCCACUGAUGCCCUGCUAGAGGAUUUGGGUUUGUAUCUAUGCUCUGCCCCGUGCAGCUCCUACAGGAGUAGCAGAGGCAUGCACAGCCACAGACAGUAGAGAGGAAUAAGGCCCGGUGAAGCAUGAACAAGUCGAUGUUUGCUUAUACCACUCCAGUGCUAGUCUGUAGUACAUUAUACAGCUGGAGAAAAUACUUCAUAAGUAACUUAAGUGUGAAUUCAUCUGAGUGAAUAGAUAUCUUUUAAGAAUUAUAAUGGAGAACAGUGUUUACCUUGAUCUUUAAAAGUCCAGCACCUCUUUUUGGUAACAGUAUUUUUAAAUUCCUCUGAGAUUUUUAUGACGUGGUAAUAAAUUAGGACUUUGCAACAGUUUUAAUUUUAAGCCAGAGAUUUUCCUAAACUCUCAAGUUUUGUAUCAAGUUAAAUGAUUAUCUAAGAGAAUAUUCUUCAUAUUUUUAAAUUGCGCUUUUAAAAAGCCUUAAGUUGCCCAUUUUAUAAAACUGUGUAUUCAUAUUUGUCUCAAAUAUUUUUUAGUAUGUCUACAUGAAAUUGUAUACAUUAAGUUCACCAUUAGUAGCUAAUAUUCAUGCCUUGAAAAUAGAUUUUGGUGCUAUACACUUAUAGCUAAAACCUACUAGAACUUUAAAGAAUACAUAAAAUACAUUUUCUUUGGGCCUGUCAUUUCAAAGACCAAAUAAACAUUUUGUGUCAAACAUA